AUGCAAUACAAUCCUAUUUCUAUCUAUCUAUCUAUCUAUCUAUCUAUCUAUCUAUCUAUCUAUGUAAUUCAAUUCUCUUUCUAUCUAUCUAUCUAUCUAUCUAUAAAUGCAAUUCUGUUUCUAUCUAUCUAUCUAUCUAUCCAAUUCUGUUUCUUUCUAUCUAUCUAUCUAUCUAUCUAUCUAUCUAUCUAUCUAUCUAUGCAGUACAAUUCUGUUUCUAUCUAUCUAUCUAUCUAUCUAUCUAUCUAUCUAUCUAUCUAUCUAUGCAAUUCUGUUUCUAUCUCUCUGUCUAUCUAUCUAUCUAAUUCUCUUUCUUUCUUUCUUUCUUUCUAUCUAUCUAUCUAUGCAAUUCUGUUUCUAUCUUUCUCUGUCUACUUAUUCAAUUCAGUUUCUAUCUAUCUAUCUAUCUAUCUAUCUAUCUAUCUAUCUAUCUAUCUAAUUCUGUUUCCAUCUAUCUAUCUAUCUAUCUAUCUAUCUAUCUAUCUAUCUAUUCUUGCCUGCUUGUUUCUUUCUUGUCCUCGGCGUAUUCUUUCUUUCUUUCUUUCUUUCUUUCUUUCUUUCUUUCUUUCUUUCUUUCUUUCUUUCUUUCCAUUGAUAUUCUUUCCUUUUCCUUUCUUUCUUUUGUCCUCUGUGUUUUUUUCUUUCUUUCUUUCUUUCUUUCUUUCUUUCUUUCUUUCUUUCUUUCUUUCCAUUGAUAUUCUUUCCUUUUGUUUUCUUUCUUUCUUUCUUUUUUCUUUCUUUUUUCUUUCUUUCUUUCUUUCUUUCUUUCUUUCUUUCUUUCUUUCUUUCUUUCUCUCUUUUAGUUCUUUCCACUCAUAUUCUUUUCUUCCUUCCAUCUGUUCAUUUAAUAUAUUAGUCCUUUCUUUUUCUUUCUUUCUUUCUUUCUUUCUUUCUUUCUUUCUUUCUUUCUUUCUUUCUAUUAAUUCUUUCUAUUUAAGUUGCUUUCUUCUUUCCAUUUGUUUAUUUAAUAUAUUAGUUCUUUCUUUCUUUUUCCUUUUUGUUUUCUUUCUUUCUUUCUUUCCUUCUUUCUAUUAA